AGAGCGUUCGCCGCUGCUACGCCUCAGCCGACGGUCAGUAGCGCGCCGUGCCUCGUCGUGGGAGGAUCGUUUCGCCGUUCGCGUGUCACUUGGCGCCAAAUCGGAGCAGAGUCAGCCCGCGUGGUUCCUCGCUCGUUCACUGAAGCUCGUGCACUUCCGUCCGUGCACGUUUCGAUUCGCCGGCGAGACAAGAGUAACCCGGACCGAAUCGGAUGUUCGGAUGAACAGAAACUCGGAGUCGCUGAGUCUUCCUGAGUGUCAAAGCAGAUAGAGAAAGAGAGAAAGAGAGAGCGAACGCGUCGUCAUGGGUACCGUGUGUUGUGCCCCGCGGGUGUAGUGCAGACAGCGCGCGAUCGCGAACAAGGGGGGUGGAGAAAGGGGAUAAAGGAAGGGGGAUAUAGAACGUGCGUGGGUCAUCGCGAAAUACCGCGGCCUGAUACCUCGCGAGAGCGUCUCAUUGUGGACUUACCAAAGAGAAACAGAGAAGGAAAGAGAGAGAGAGAGAGAGAGAAAGAGAGAUUACCGGGAGAAGCGAGAGACAGAGGCACACGGAGACGAUAAUGCGGAGUUGUUGCCGUCUUCAACAACAGGACGACGUUCGGAUCUGCUCGUAAAUCGAGCGAAAGGAUCUAACGGACAGAAAUGACUCGCAGAAGACCAUCCUUCCUCAUAUUAGGAGUGUGCACAGGCAUCUUUUUAUUGCUCUUUGGUGUUGUGGUUGCGGAGGUCACGGAAACGUCGGCUGCGGUAUCACAGAAAUCCGACUCCCAGAAAGGGCCAACUCCCCAGGGAGACACGACGAUUCUGACGAGAGUCUCUUCAGUCUAUCAGAACCAGUCGACUGUAGGAAAGGACGAACGAAAUAUCGACCCGACGAAACGAAGAACUCACGAUGGCGAAAACGGAUCACGCGACAGUGCCAGCAGUGAUGAGAGCACGAGUAAGAACGGAGAUAAAAGCGAUGUGUCGAUGGCACAUGGCGACGCGCAUUCACACGCGACAAAAUCUAGCGAUGAAUCUGACAGUUCCUCGUCAUCGGAUGGAAGUAGGAAGCCGAGACACGGCGAGAUCGCUGCGGAAAGCUCCGGGAAAAGUACGAGCACGAAAGCCAUUUCAGAGGACCCUCUCAGGUUCUCCAGAACGAACGAGCUGACUGCGGCGACCACAAAGCCGGCUUUGAACGACUCGAAGCAGGACAACAAGAAAAACUUGGAGAACGCCACGCUCGGAGAAUCUUCCAAUCGUGAAGGAAUAUCGAACACUACUAAGAUCGUUCCAACGAGCACGAAGAAAAACAUUGUCAACGAGGAGUUAAGUGUUGUAAAAACAUCCGAACGCACAGAGGAAGAAUCUCCUGCCAAGCAUGAAGAAAAGAAGAAUGCAACUGUUUUGAAUAAAGAAGAGGCAGCGACAGUCACGUUCGUCGGAAAUUCCUCAUCGACGGCUUACAAAUCGAUAUCGGGAGACGCGAAACUCGACGAAACGAAAGAAAAGGUGACAAAGUCUGAAUAUAAGGAGUUUAUUCCAAAGAUUGAGUUGAGGAAGGACGAUGACGCAAGCAGCUUGAAAGAGAACGCGGAGGAUCAUAAAUCGGAGGAUCGCGAUCGAGAAUUGACAACGGUGCGCGGCGUUCAGCGCGAGGAUUCCCCGGAGUCCAAGAGAGACGCGAACGAUGUAGGAACGACAGCGUCCGAAGCGCUCGAUCUGGAGAAGAUCGACGAGAAGGUACACGAAGGGACCAUCUCGUUGAUUAACGACACGUUCGUGAAUUACAAUCAUUUUUACAAGACUUUGAUGGGGAAGGAUCCCAAGAGCAAUUCCGUGAAUCAGACCGCUGACGUGAAUGGUUUGAAGGGCAACCCGAAGGCAGAAGUGGAAGUCGUUAAGAACGUGACUCACCUGCCGACACUGAAGAUCGUGGUUACCGCAGACGAUACCACGAAAAAUGAUUCUCACUCGAACGGAGUGAACAAGGAAGUCGUUUAUAAGCAUAAGACUGACGCGGUGGAUGAACACCGUGAAAAUCAGCAAAAAGAAGACGCUUCAGUUUCUAACGCAACGAUCGAGAGUACAGAUGAAAGGCGGAAACUGCUUGGAGAACCGGAAAGCCAGGUGAAGUUGCCUGAAACAACGACUCAGAGCGCACGACGCGAGGAACAUACCUUGCCCGUUCCUGCAGCCACUCUCAGUCCAGUUCCGCAAGGUAGGACCAUCGGUUUUUCCGGAGUUAACGAGUUCCCGAGUAUUGAAGUGAAAUCUACAGCCUCGACGAAGGCCAAUAGCGGAUCCGAAGCAUCAUCAGCGUCGCUUGGUGCAACUCCAAGCUCGCAGAAUGGUUCCAAGGCAGAAAAAAUAGAUCAAAAACCUUACCCUUACGUGAAAUCUAGCCGAGAAUCAUUUCAGCCAACAACAGUAGCUGGUUUGAAACUGGAGGGUGGCAUUACCGAAGAAACGUCAGCUUACGAGAACACGAUCGGGAGAGGAGAGUCCGAGAAGAAAUUUAUUGUGACGGAACCAUCAGUCGUGAUGGAGAAUAGCAUCCAACAGCAAAAGCUGAACGAGAAAGGUGUAAAUGAAUCUACGAAUUCCACGACGGAGAGGUCUCUCCCAUCGGCAACGACUAUCCUAACUAUUUCUGCCGAUGCCGGAUCAACAAACGGAACUCUUCCAGAGAAAUUUAACGGUAGCGCGAAGGCUGCGGAGAUGAUGGGUUCGGGAUCGAACGGGAACGACGUACCAGGUGCAAAAGAGAAGGAGAAAGUGACUGCACGUAGAGACGAGGAAUACGACGUGACGGGAAAUGGAAUAACGGAAGUCAGCCUGGCUCCGGACGGCAAAGCAGUGAAAUCACAUUCCGAUGCAGCGACAGAAUCGUCAACAUCGCGUGUCACGGCAGCCCCGCCGAACACGGAUAUUCAGAUGGUACCGGAAGAAGCCAUGAUGAUUCGGUCGACUCUUGACGUCACGGAAUCCACGAUAGUUCCUUUGAGCAAAGACCUAGCGAUAGAAGCGAACAAAUCCACAACUUCGAUGACGCCGACGGCAGAAAUCAACAGGAAGAUGGUCACGAUGGUUCUCGAAAACUCCACGGAGUCAACACCGAAGACGAACAUCACGCUCCACCCUCUCUCGAGUGCUAAUCAAACCAUCGAACUUCCAUCCACUACUUUGAAUCCCGAUGAAUCUUCAGUCCCGACGACAACAUCCAUCGAAUUCGAGUUUGUCGGUCUCACGGAAGCGAUCUCUUCGACAAGUAAUGCGACCGAGAGAGGCAUCGAGGGGCGAACUUUCGAGGAGCAAACGAUGAAGACGACCAAUACCAUGAGCAUAGAAUCAUCCGUGACGAAUAACUCAACGGAAAACGCGGUUACCACGAUGAAGCCUGAAGAGUCCACGGAACUUCCAGCAACGACCGAGGACGGUACACCGACGACGAAUCAAGUGUCAAUCACGUAUCACGCGGACAACGAGACUGAAGCUAAGGAACUUCCGGUCACGCAAAUCACUCCCGAGGAUCGAAGUAAUCACACAGAGUCCGCGAGCAACGAGAUUACCGUAAACCCCAUCGACCCCAUCAGCGGCGCUUCUGGCGUUACCGAGGAUCCUUCAGGAUCCAACGAUUCGAAUUACGAUGCAAAUGUCACCGAGAUCUCCGCACCAGGCGUGACAAAGCUUCCGCCGAAUACGAGCGUCACAACAUUGUCGUCUACAACGAACGCUACUAAGAGCCCUCCAGCUUCAUUCUCUACGAGUACCUUGGAGCCGAGGGUUCUCUGGAGUACAUCAGCUUCCACGGAAUCGCCUGACGAGGAUACAACGGAGAGUAUUCAGCCCUUUUCGCCGGAGGAGAUCACGUUCGUUAAAAUAGUCAUCGAAGGCACUCUGCAUGAUAUCUGUCCUCGACUGCAGGACCUGAGAAAGGCGCUCGCAGACGUUCUCACGAAUGGCAUGGAUAAACUGGUGUUGCCAAACCAAAUCAUCAUUCAUCAGAACCCGUGCCUCGAAUCGGCAAACUCUUCGCCGACACCUAUGGAAGUACCACUAACUUCAAUCUUGGUUUAUGUCGUCGACGAGGACGGGAAGUUCGACGUCGUCAUGACGAAGAUUCUACCAAGUUUGUACAAGGUGUCUCCCAACUUCCCAGUGAGAAUACACAAAUUUUUAUUGGUACCGGAAGCGGAUUCUGGCAACGCGAUAGCUGUCGUCAUAGUCUCUUCCGUGGCCUUCAUCUGCUUAGUUCUCCUGGCCGGGCUGCUGUUUAUAAUGAGAAAGAGGCAAACGAGGUUCAACUACGGAGAACGGUGCCGGCCAGUGUCCUUGGACGCUUACAGCCUCGACAGCGUUUCAGCGUACAACAGUGUCAGGCGCAAGGGUGCAGCGAGAGCCUCCAAGAGAAGUUACGGCAACCCAACUUUCGAAGAUUCGAGCGCCAUUCCUUCCCACCCCCUAAACUUCGCCGGGCUUUCAUCUUUCUGCAACGACGUUAAUGUAAUCAACGAGGAGUUCUCGGGUAUACCCCAGGUUUCGGCAAAGAUAGACGAGCUGCCCCCGGGCGCGGAACUGAAGAAUAGGUACGCAAACGUGAUACCGCUUCCGGAGACGAGGGUGCCGUUACAGAGGUUGAACAAUGACGCCUUGACCGAGUACAUCAACGCAAGUUACGUGCGGGGACCUAAGAACGCCACAAAAUAUUACAUCGCGUGCCAAGCGCCAAUAGAGUCGACCGUAACCGACUUUUGGCGAAUGAUUUGGGAGCAGCAGUGCAAGGUGAUCAUCAUGCUAACUGAUCUCGUCGAGAAUGGAGUUGAAAAAUGCACAGAGUACAUACCACCUUCGGAAGUGACUGACUGUCAUCGGCUAUACGGCGACUUCCAAGUUACGCUGAAGAAACGGGAAACCAAAGAGAAAUAUGCCAUCUCUACGCUUCACCUAAAGAAUCUGGAGAACAAUACGUUCCGCGAGGUGUUCCACAUCUGGUAUCUCUGGCCGGUGAGUGGCGUCCAAUCAGACGGUGCAGGCCUAAUAGCAGUGCUCCUUGAAGCAAGAGCACUCCAGCGAGGCGGUCCCGGACCCAUCGUGGUCCACUGCAGCCCCGGCACAGGACGUACCGGUACGCUAAUAGCCCUCGACCUAGGAAUUAGACAAUAUGAAAUUACGAGGACCGUGGACGUGCCGAGGGUCGUUUACACCAUCAGGAGAGACCGUGCCGGCGCAGUUCAAACGAAGGAGCAGUAUGCUUUCAUAUACAAGGCACUAAAUCUGUACGCGACGAAACUCGCCGGCGGCGUACUGGAAUCGACGUGAAGCAUCCGCUUGAAGCACCUGCAGGAAUAAACUUUGCGUAGGAUGACAGUUGACAGUGUUCGAUCAGUGGCUAACGCGUGCGAGUCAAAAAAUUAAAAGACUUGAUCCAGAAGAGCUCCCCAAUCUCACAGAAAAGUGCACGAGUCUCGAUCGACUGCUGCCCGAAGGAAGUAGACACUCCAAAAAUGCCAAAUACGUGUAUCGAUCGAUUUGAUAUCUGAUAUCCUCAAUAUCAGAGAUUCCCAAGGUGGAAGAAAGAGGACAUUAUCGCUGUGUAAAGGCUAUGUAGCUGUAUAAGGCGAAAUAGUGAUAACGAAUUUAAUAAAACAGGGUGGAUGUGUAUUUUGUUAGAACGCUGAAUGUUAUGUAACGGUAGACCUGCAAAGAUUCCUGGAGAAGUAAACGUUACCGCAGUAGCGUGAAUUAAUUUGUGAUAUAUGGACUCUAGAAUACUUAUAAGUUCGUUAUAACGCGCAAUUUUACUGUUGAUUUGAUUUUGUCGAGAUUCCAAUUUUAGGGACACCCGAAAAAAUAUCUUUCUAGUAGAGGAGCUAGAAUAUUUAUUGUUAUUCAAAUAGAAACCAGUGCAGAGCUAUGUCCGAUUUAAUACAUUGUAAACAAAUAAACUAAUUACGAUAUUUCUGUAUGACAUGCUAUUUACUAAAAUUUCUAUUGCAAAAAUGAGUAAUCUGGGUUGAUUAUUCUUUACUGGUUAAUGUAACGUAGCAAAAGUAUUGAAUCUUUUGGAUAACGGUACUAUUUUGGGUAUCCCUGAAAACCAUACAUUGUAUGAUUUUUAUCAUAGAUGUUACAUUGAUAUUAUAUACUUGAUAAGUUGCAAUGCUUGUGAACUAUUGAAGAACCAAACCUAGGAGAAGAAUAAGUUCGGUUGGAACUUGAGAAUUGAGAUUAUAUUAAAUUCUCCAAUUUUUGUUCGUAAUUUUACGUAAUAUAGAGAUGUAAAAUAUGGCCAAACGUCGUGAUGAAAUUUGGGUAUAUUUUGGAAUAACAUUCCAAACAAAGACAAAGACGUUGUCUCUACGAAAUGCAUGAUCGCUUAGUGAUCAUCUUUUUUUUCUUUCACGCGAUAACACACAACGAUCGUUUCUUUUAACAGUGUCCAAAUUGGACGAGCGUGAGCGCACACUCCUGACUUUUUCCAACCAGUAGAUAUGAUUAUCGUUGUUAUUGUUUUGUUGCUGUUAUCGUUGUACAAAGUAUAUCCCAAUCCUCGGCAUGUCGCUCUCUAUAAUUGUAAAUAUGCAGAGUGCUAUUGACCAUUCCGAUAGUUGCGUUGAUUUUAUUGAAUUACUUGAGAGAUUUUAUUUAUGUCUACAGAACUACAGACUAAUCAUUGAUUCGUAGGCCGAGAAGUACCAGUGUCUCAUUUAGCGAGCCUAAUUAUACGGACUGAAAGUAAAUGUCCGCCCAAAUGCAAUAUGUACCAAGUGUAUUUAAGAGUUAGUAUAUUAUAAUUAUAUUAAUAUAUAAUUAUAUUAAUUACUCUUAAGAAAAUUCUGUUUUAAUCACGACCCCUAAUAAUUAAAUAACAAUUAAAACGAAACGUGACGGAAUCGAUUUUGUUCUCGUACAUGCAAAUAAGGUUUUAAGCAACAAAUUGAUGAUUUAACGAAAUUUACUCCUUUGUCUAUCGGCAAUUAAUUUUUAUUUUACUCAGUUUCUAAUUUCUCUUACUUUUUACUACCGCUUUCAAUUUUAUUGUGUCGAAUCGUUCAUGUUUGAUUUAGUGUAUGGAUGUCUUUUAUGGAUGUCGACGUGUCUAGAUGUGUACGUGUACGUAUUCAUGAUCGCUGUGUUCUCAAAAGGAACGCGAUGAUGUCUUUUAAUAACGUAACAAUAUUAUAAUGUUAAUUACUAGCGUGGUCGAUUAUGCAAUGAAGUUGGUAUAGGUCAAAUUUUAUAGAAGUGCAUUUCAUGUCUUUCAUAUAUUCUACAAAUGGUGAAUUUUCUCAUGAGUAACUGUACUAUUCAUUAUAAUGUAAAUAGAUUACUAUAUAGCGCUCCGUGCAAUUUAAGACGAAUUUAUAAUGUAUUAGCGAUCGUGUCAUUUGUAACUGCAAUUUACGACUGAUUCAAGGUAGGAAAUAGCGACGUAAACACAAUUUAAUCGAUGGACUUUAAUUAUGCAAAAAUGUGAAAACUUAUACGAUAAAGUCAUGCUGUAUUCAAAGUCGAAAGAUAUAAUAAAAUCUAAAACUUUUCUAGAUGAAAGUAAAACCAUAUUCCAAAGUAUAAAUAAUGAAUUGUAUGAAUUGAAGAGGUGCUAAAUUAUUACUUAGUCCAUUAUAAAAUGAUAAUAUGUAAUAGAAAAUAUACUAUUGAUUGUUUUCUGGAAAAGAGAAAGAUAUCACAGUUUUAUGUGGAUUCUGUAAAAUUCCACUGUGCGAAGAAAGUGUGCAAGAAUAAUAAAUAUAUAAUAGCAUUGAAUGUAUAUAAUGAAUACAUGUAAUGUCUUCAAAG